CAUAACGUAUAUAAGAAAUUGCUAUGUGUGUUUAACUGUUCAGUGCAUGUCAGGACAGGUAUCUAGUUAACUGUUCAAUAGGCAUGUUUACAAUAUAGAUCUUAAAUCAUCAUGAACAUCGGUUACUAUUCGUGUUAUUAACCAUACCACUUUCCCUGACUUUUCGUCAUGGAUACCAACGGAAACAAAAGGUUGGGGCCUUUCAGUGUCUUCAUGAAGUUGCAACGAAAGCGAUCCGAUGUGUACCAAAUUGCAGCAAAGCCGGUGUCCUCUCCGAGUCGUCAUAAAACGUUCCUUAUUGUUGCAACUGUCAGCACAAGCAUAUGUCUCGUUGUAGCAAUAUCGAUUGCCAUGGCGUUGACCAUAAGUUCCCCGGAUGACGUUAACAAGAACAACCAACCACUGGGGAAAAUAGGUAGCCCAACAGCAUCAACACCCACUACGACCACAGCAAGUUCCAUUACAACAGGUCCUCAACUCUCAAGUAGUACUCAGAAUACAGGUGGAGGUGAGGAGACAACAGCCGUCAGUACUUCUGGAUUAGAGUCAACCACACCGGCAACAGGGGGUAAAACAUCAGCAUCAACAUCCACUACGACCACAGCAAGUUCCCCUACAACAGGUCCUCAACUCACAAACAGUACUUCAGGAUUAGAGACAACCACUACGGCACCAGGUACCAAUGGAACAUGGAAUAAAUGGGGAUCGUGGACGUCCUGUGGAGCCACUUGUGGAACCGGAUAUCACACAAGAUACAGAACCUGUCGUCGUUCAUCGACGAGUGACCCGAUCUGCCAGGGCGAAUAUGUGGAGACGACAGCAUGUUCAGUGGCAACUUGUCCAGUGUACGGAGUAUGGACCACUUGGUUAGGCUGGGCAGUGUGUGACGUCACUUGUGGAGGAGGUACACAGUUAAGGACGAGAGUUUGUCAGAAGUCAUCCUCCUCUUACCUUGACUGUGUUGGAAAUUCGUCACAGUCUCAGACAUGCAACACGUGGAGCUGUCCAGAUUGUUCUCAGACUUGUUCCACUGGUGUCCGCAACGCCGAUUGUACAGCAUGUGAAUGUUUGUCUAACACUGUGCAUGGAAUUGUACGUAACCAUGUCAACGUUCCCUUAAACGAGGCUUCAAUCGCACACGCUAGCGUUCCAUACAAAACGUUAGCAACAACCAAUGAAACUGGUGGCUUUGUGUUAGACACGACAUGUGAGGCUAUAGAAAUUGUCGUCACCAGGGCUGGCUACGCUGACGUCACUGUUGUAGUAACAGGCACUACCGUCACUGUACAGAUGUCUCUCACAGAGUACCCUGUCAUCAGUAUGAAUCCAAAGUCCCGAGUCCGUCUCAAGGGAGAAAAUGUCACGUUUUGUUGUGAAGCGUACGGAAAUCCUGCUAUCACCAGUUAUGAAUGGAUGAAGGACGGUGUUUUGAUUGACGAUACAAAGUACCCGGAUGGAUACAAUCUGACACUGAAUGACGUCACUAUAACCGACAGUGGCGAGUACAAGUGUCGCGCUAACAGCCCCGUGGGAGCUGUGUAUUCAGCGUCAGCCCUGCUGACCGUGAAAUCGACACAAGCCGAGUUUUGCGAGGAUGCAUAUGAAGAGAGAAAAAUAAGUCUUCCAUCCGACUGUGUUCAGCCUGACAAUACAACUCUGUAUGAAGUUGGAGGAUGCGCCAGGAAGACAUGUCGCAGUUCCAACAAUGAAGAUGGAUUAUGUGGUCCUAGCAAGAAGUUCUGCUGCACACCUUCUGCAGACGAAGAACGGACGAUCCAGUGCAGUGACUAUACCCUGGAGGUGAUCGUUGUAACUGGAUGCUCCUGUGGCGAAUGUUCGUCUGCUGAUAUCAAAGUACAAGGCCAGGUCAAUGGACUCAAUACUGGUGACGCGUUACGUCUCGGUACAGUAUACGUGAAUGGGUCAUCUGUAGCGAGGACUACAUUUACUGGUGUGUUUUCAUUCACUCUACCCGCCGGUACCUUAAGCGUAGCGCUAACGAUAGAAUACACUGUCUUCAAAACCUUAUUGACAACCACAAGAGUUCUUACAUUUGGUGAAACAAUGGAAGGUUCAGUGUAACAAAAAAAAUUACGCUGAUGGAA